AUGCCUCGUUCAGUUCCACAAUAUACCUCAUCGCCACGGGGUGAGCCGGACGAGGCUCAAAUCGACUCCCCUGCCUCCCGGACAGCUCCCCCGUCGCCAACCGCUCAUCGCCGUCGAAGCUACCUCUCCGAAGAGCACACAGGCUACCAGUCGCUGGAAUCGCAUCUCGAGAUCACCGAAGUCACCAGUCUCCUGGGCCCCCCCCGAAAACCCACAACGCCGGGUACCGCGACGCUCAUAUACGAGUAUCUCGGGGGCUUCAGGUCCGGAUUCUUUGCGGUAUCUCCUGGCUUUGUGGAUGAGGGGGAGAUUGAGGCUGAAGACGAAGACCGCCCGGCCAGUUUACCGGCAUCGACUAAAAAUGGACUCACCGCAUCAUCGUUCUUGGAUGAACGUACCUGGUACGACCAGUUUACUUCGACGGACUGGGUGCACGACAGUAUUGCCGAUGGAGCGCGUCUGCGCCAAUUGAGGCGCCGGAAGGAUCUUCGAGGCCGGUUGCUGUCGUGGUUCGACGGCGCUCAGGGGUGGAUUCUCGUGGCAUUGACUGGCUGCAUCACGGCAGCGAUUGCCUAUUUCGUGGAUGUGACGGAGGAUAGAAUAUUCGAUGCGAAGUUCGGAUUCUGCACUUCUCGUUGGUUUGCCAGUCAAAGUAGAUGCUGUGUGGGUGCGUCACCCUGUGACGCCUGGCUGCCAUGGACACGGAUCUUCAGGCCCUCUAGCCCAAAUGAUGAAGGCGUGGAUUUUGUCAUGUUUGUUUUUUGGGUGGUCGUUCUCGCGAUGAUCUCGUGUGGUCUUACCUUGCUCACAAAGACAGUGGUUCCAUCUUCUGUUUCUUUAUCCACGCUUGACGAAAACCUUGGGGCUGAGUCGCGCGGGCAGUAUACUUCUGCUGACGUUGGUUCGCCGCAGUCAAUCACAAGUCCUCAUGGAACCUUUCCUAACGCUCCUUCACGCCCGGCAAUGGUCUACUAUUCCGCUGCUGGUAGUGGCGUGGCUGAAGUAAAGGUUAUCAACAGUGGUUUUGUUCUCCACGGUUACCUUGGUUUGAAAACGCUGGUCGUCAAAACAAUUGCUCUGGUCUUUAGUGUUUCGUCUGGACUGAGUCUAGGAAAGGAGGGUCCCUACGUUCACAUUGCUACUUGUGUAGGCAAUAUUGCCUGUCGAUUGUUUGCCAAGUACAACCAGAACGAUGGCAAAAGGCGUGAAGUGCUGAGUGCUAGUGCGGCCAGUGGUGUGGCCGUUGCCUUUGGCGCGCCCAUCGGUGGUGUUCUCUUCAGUCUGGAGGAAGUCAGCUACUAUUUCCCGCCAAAGACUCUCUUCCGGACUUUCUUCUGUUGCAUUGCGGCUACUCUAUCCCUGAAAUUCCUCAAUCCCUAUGGCACAGGUAAGGUUGUUCUCUUUGAAGUGAGGUAUCUCACAGAUUGGGAAUUUUUUGAACUCUUCAUCUUCAUCUUCCUCGGCAUACUUGGCGGUGCAGCUGGUGCGCUAUUCAUCAAAGCCUCCAAUUUAUGGGCACGCUCAUUCCGUCGGAUCCCGAUAAUCAAGCGCUGGCCAAUGCUAGAAGUCUUUCUUGUUGCACUUGUAACCGGUUUGAUCAGCUUUUGGAAUCGAUAUACCAAAAUGCCCGUCACGGAGCUUUUGCUAGAGAUCACCAGCCCAUGUGAAAAUAUUUCUAAAGACGGUACCGGAUUAUGUCCUAUUGAGGAGGACAUAUUGCAAACCAUCCAGUAUCUCUUGGUUGCGUUCAUAAUCAAGAGCUUUUUGACGGUUGUCACGUUUGGCAUCAAAGUACCAGCUGGUAUCUACGUUCCAUCCAUGGUGGUUGGUGGUCUGAUGGGCCGAAUCGUCGGACAUGUCGUUCAAUUCUGGGUUGCGAAGCACCCGACCUUUUUCUUGUUCAACUCUUGUCCCGCCGUCCGUGGAUUAGAAUCAUGUGUGACUCCGGGCGUCUAUGCCCUGGUUGCUGCAGGUGCCACCAUGUGUGGAGUGACUCGACUCUCAGUGACAUUGCCUGUCAUCCUCUUCGAAUUAACGGGAAGUCUAGACCAUGUGCUUCCGUUUUCUCUCGCAGUCCUUUGCGCCAAAUGGACGGCAGAUGCGAUAGAGCCACGCUCCAUCUAUGACCUCCUGACCGACAUGAACGCCUAUCCUUUCCUCGACAGCAAACUUCAGCCCCUGAGCGAUGCCGAGCUGGGUGAUAUUGUCCGACCUGUGCGCAAAGACCGCAUGAUCGAUAUCUCAAACUCGCCCUUCGUUGCCGCAACGGAACUUCGUUUGAAGCUCGAACAUCUCUUAAUGGCCGGUGAGCUGGAUGGCGGCCUGCCAAUUCUUCGGGAUGGUGUCUUGGCAGGAUUAAUUCCAGCUCCAGACCUGGAAUUCGCACUUGACACCCUUGAAGACGAAGAAAACACACUUUGUCUGAUGGCAAUGGAUGCUUCCAUCGCUGUCUAUGAUAGCGACAACGAAGAUACUCUGCAGGAAGAUUUCACGCGGUACAUAGAUCCUGCCCCAGUUUCCCUCGAUGUGCAUUCUCCUAUCGAUUUGGUAUACCAGUGCUUUGCCAAGCUGGGCCUGCGAUAUCUAUGUGUGCUUCAGAAUGGCCACUAUGCCGGCCUUGUGCACAAAAAGGCAUUUGUGAAAUUCAUGAAGGAGAAUGAGUAG